GCAAAGCUUCUUACCAGUAUUAGUUCCUUGUCCAGCCUUAGCCGCCGCCACCACUACCACUUACCAACACUCCGAGUCUACGACUACCAUCUCGACUAAUACGAUUUAAAUAAUUGAAUAAUUCUCUCGUUUUUUCUUUUUCGAGUUGACGAGGAUAUUUCCACAGAACCUAUCGGCAGCAUGGCCAACGCACAUCCAGAGGAUAAAUCGACCAUCUACGGAGGCGUCCAAGAGCAAGGAACAGCGCCUCGCGCAUUCAGCCCGCACCCCUCCAACGAUGGCGAAUUGCAGCAGGACUUCCAGACGGACCUCGUGACGGCGAUAGAGCAGAGAGAUUUGCGACGCGGUUUGGCCGAACGCCAUCUUUCAAUGUUGGGUAUCGCAGGAGCAAUUGGAACGGGAUUAUUUUUAAGUCUGGGAGGCUCUAUCCAGACGGGUGGCCCCCUUGGCGCAUUGCUUGGUUACGGAACGGUAGGCUUGGUGGUUUGCGCCGUGCAGUUCGCUCUCGGUGAGGUCGCAGCACUUCUUCCCGUCACAGGUUCUUUCGUCCGCCAUGCCGAAUUUCUGGUGGAUCCGGCCUGGGGUUUCGCAAUCGGUUGGAAUCUGGUCUAUGGAAAUUUGUUAUCGAUCCCAUCCGAGCUUACGGCCAUCUGUGUUUUGUUUGAAUACUGGACGGACCUCAACCCUUCGGUCUUCAUCAUCGUCUUUAUCGUCUUGACCGUGGCCGUGGGAUUCUCCUUCGUGCGCAUCUUCGGUGAGGUCGAAUAUGCCUUCGCCAUCCUCAAGAUCCUGCUCGUCAUCUUCCUCAUCAUCCUGGGGCUCGUCAUCGACCUCGGUGGUGUCCCUGGAACUCCUCGCAUUGGGUUCCGAUACUGGAAGAACCCUGGACCUUUCGUCGAGUACAUUGGCACGGGAAGCUGGGGUCAAUUCCUCGGAUACUGGAGCGUCAUGACUGCCGCCGUUUUCUCCUUCGCCGGUGUCGAAUCCAUCGCCAUGGCAGCGGCUGAGACACAGAAUCCGGCCAAGGCCAUCCCCAGAGCUUGCAAGAAUGUUUUCUACCGAAUCAUUCUGUUCUACGGCCUUGCCAUCCUCGUCGUCGGUAUGCUCGUUUCGAGCGACGACGAGCGCCUCAAUGACCAGUCAGGAACUGCAGCUCAGAGUCCCUUCGUCAUCGCCGCCUCCGCUGCCGGCAUCAAGGCCAUUCCUUCGGUUGUCAACGCCAUCGUAAUCACCUCGGCAUGGUCGUCUUCUAACCAAGCCUUGCUCUCAGGUACCCGUGUGUUGUACGGCCUGGCGCUCAAGGGACAGGCACCCAAGAUCUUCCUGCGAACAACCCCCUGGGGAACACCGUACAUGUGCGUUCUCCUGUUCACCGCCUUCAUGUUCCUCAGCUUCAUGAGCCUGUCGAACAGCGCAAUGACUGUCUUCUGGUGGUUGGUCGACUUGACUGCUGCCGCCGUCCUCGUCUCGUGGUCGUCGGUCCUACUUAACCACAUUCGACUACGCGCUGCUCUGGACAAGCAAGGCAUUCCGGCAUCGAGCUUGCCCUGGAGUAACCGCAUCACUCCAUACACCUCUCGUGCCGCACUCUGCAUGACCCUCCUGAUCCUCCUGACCGGCGGAUGGACCGUCUUCACCAAAGGCAACUGGAGCGCCGUCGGUUUCGUUUCUGCAUACUUGGACAUCCCAUUGGUCAUUGGCGCAUACCUCAUCUGGAAGUUCUACAAGAAGACCAGCAUCGUUCCCUUAUCCGAGAUACCCCUCCGCAAAGCGCUCGAGCAGACCAGCACUUCCUUCUCUCAGGACGUUGUUUAAGCGAAAGCGAGUAGAGCCCAGCAUAGAACAUAGAGAGA